AUGCCGGACCGCAAGCGGAGGUCUCUCAAGUUCAUCCACAUCACCAAAACGGGUGGCACGACAAUCGAGAACCUCUUCAAGCAACACGGGCAUGCAGUUGGACGGUUCCACAGCGAGUACGGGAGAUGGCACGAGCCUUUUGGCGACAAGCCCACGAGCCUUCGCACCAAGCACGACUGGUUCACCGUCGUGCGCGACCCGUAUGAGCGAGUUCUGUCCGAGUUCCAUUGCAAAUACGCCGGGUAUGGCGGGAGCCUUUUGCAAUCCGGGCUGCACGGAGCAUUUAUGGCCGGUAUGGCAAUGCUCGAGUCGUCUGGGCAGGGUGGACUGACAGUGGGGGGCGCCAACCGAUUCAUCCGUCGCCAGAUCAAGCAUCGAGGGAAAGGGCUAGACUGGCACUACAUGCCGCAGUAUGUCUAUCUGACUGCAGCAUCCGGUGUGCGCCUGCGUGUCAUCCGUUUCGAGCACCUCCGGGAGGAGUUGAACCGGCUGCUUGCCGAGUACGGGCUGCCCUUCCAGCUGGGCGGCAGGCGCGACAACGCCGCAUUGGGACAGAAGCGCUUGACCGUCGAGGAUCUGGAUGCAGAGACGAUCGCUCUCAUCAACCACGUCUACCGCCGCGACUUUGAGCUCCUCGGCUACCCACUCCGUGCCCCCAAGCUGAGCCGACCCGCCGCCCCAGCCGAUGCGCCCAGCCGAGCCAUCGCACGCAGUCUCGCCAAGACUGUCAGCGACCUCAACGGGCGGAACGAGGUGUGCGAGAUGCUCAAGCGCCUCAUCGACGAGCAAGACACUGACGCGAGGCGUGAGGUCAUCCGGAGAUCCACAAGUUUUAGGGCAUAG